AUGUUCUUGCAAGAUAUCUCAUUAGCCUCUCCAGAGAAAAGAAUUGUCUCGUAUCUCUCGGAAGAAUGUUCUUAUAAAGAUAUCUCAUUAGCCUCUCCAGAGAAAACAGAAUUGUCUCUAAAAUUAUCUCGUAUUAUCUCUCGGAAGAAUGUUCUUGCAAGAUAUCUCAUUAGCCUCUCCAGAGAAAACAGAAUUGUCUCAGUAUUAUCUCUCGGAAGAAUGUUCUUGCAAGAUAUCUCAUUAGCCUCUCCAGAGAAAAUCUCUCGGAAGAAUUGUCUCGUAUUAUUCUCUCAGGAAGAAUUUCUUCUCGGAAGAAUGUUCUUGCAAGAUAUCUCAUUAGCCUCUCCAGAAGAAAAAAGAAUUGUCUCGUAUUAUCUCGGAAGAAUGUUCUUGCAAGAAGAAAACAAAUUGUCUCGGAAGAAUGUUCUUGCAAGAUAUCUCAUUAGCCUCUCCAGAAAAACAGAAUUGUCUCGUAUUAUCUCUCGGAAGAAUGUUCUUGCAAGAUAUCUCAUUAGCCUCUCCAGAAAACAGAAUUGUCUCGUAUUAUCUCUCGGAAGAAUGUUCUUGCAAGAUAUCUCAUUAGAAUUUCUCGUAUUAUCUCCAGAAGAAACAAGAUAA